GGCAUAGGCUCAGUUGGCAGCAGCACGCACAGCGAGUAGCAUCAACCAUGGCCGAUAUCUCGAAGGACGAGCUACGUAAGGAGAUCACCGCUAUCCUCAAGGAUGCUGAUCUUACUACAAUGUCUGCUAAAAAAGUGAGGCAACAAAUCGAGGAGAAACUUGAUAUUGAUCUCUUAGAAAGAAAGAAAGAGGUCGAUGAUUUAGUUAUGGAAUGUCUUCAAGAAAAACAAGAUGGAGGUAAAAAGAAAAAAAAGGCUGCUAGCGAAGAAUCCGAAGAUGGUGAGGAGGAAGAGGAAGAAGGAUCCGAAGAGGAAGAGGAAGAGGAAGAAAAGAAACCAGCCAAACGAAAUCCUGCUAAAAAGGCUCCGAAUAAACGUAAGAAGGGUUCUUCCGAUGAUGAAGAAAGCGCUAGCGAUGACGAUGCCAGUGACGAGGAGUAUAGUCCAAAGAAACCUAAAGUCACACCCAAAAAAGUAAGAUAUAUUAUUAUUAAGUUAUUCUAUAAAUCAUCCUGGAAAGAAGGGAAAAAGAAGGGGAGUGACAGUGAUAGUGACGAGGACUGGGGUAAAAAUAAAAAGGCUCCAGGAAGCGCAGCAAAGAAAGGUGGUGGUGGUAGUAAAGGCAAGGGAGGUGGUUACACACGCGCUAUCACACUAUCACCAGAACUUGCCGCUGUUGUGGGCGCAGAACAAAUGGCUCGACAUGAAGUCGUGAAGAAAGUAUGGAGCAUCAUCAAAGAAAGGAAUCUUUAUGAUCCUAAGAAUAAACAAUUUGCAAUUUGCGAUGAAGAAUUAAUGAAGGUAAUCGGCGUAAAGCGUUUCAGAACUUUUGGAAUGAUGAAAUAUCUCAAAAAUCACUUUGUAGAUUAAAUCAUAUUUCAAUCCCGAUCUCCGACAAGUUAUAUACAUAUAUAACAUAUUCCAAGGUGCGUCUCGUGCACCUCUCCAUCUUUCUCACGAUACAUAUAUAUAUACAUAUAUAUAUACAUGAAACACAAACGUAUUUCUUGCGACUUAAGACUUUAGACCAUGUUUACACCAUUCCGACGUACUCUGCCGUCCAUCGUAAUUAUUUUGUCCCAUUGGUUAUUACAAUAUCAUACUUUGAUUCUAUAGGCAUCAUAGAUGUGACUUCCAACAAAUGUUAGGAAUAAUAUUUGAUAAUAUGUAACGAGUAUAAUUGCCAGUGUUUUCCUAUGAUUAUAACAUUGGGACAAUUAUUACCAUGGACGUUCAGAUGAUUUCGAAAUGAAAAUGACAUUACAGUGGCCAAUAGUCAAUAAGCUGGUUUUAAGUCAUCUAAUUCAAAAUAAAUGUUAUAUCAUUUGUAUGAUCGUGAUUAAUAACAAUAUCUUACUCCAAACGCGGUAACACGACGCACCAUUAUAACAAUGACAUUUAAAUGAAGAAUUUAGCAAUGUACAUUUAAAUUUGAAAAUAAUUUUUUUUGAGAAAUUUUAUUUUAACUGACACAUUUAUCAAGUUGUGGCACAAUUGCUUUCAGUAUAUUUGAAAAAUUUCUCUUUUUUUCUAUUAUCAAGUAUCUUGGUUAUCCUUCGGUGUGAAAUUACUACCCCUAACAGCACACAUAUUCGAAAGACAUUCAGAAGACAUCCAGAUGAACAUUCAUCCAAUGUUUCUCUGAAUGUCCUUUAAACAUCUUUCGAACGUGUGUGUUGUUAGGGACAUGGUAUUUCUGUCUAUUUUGUUUUAUUACUCUUUUAAAUAAAAUGCUUCUUGGAAAUAUUGGACGUAACAAAUUGAUAGACUUCACUUCCAAAAUGGGAAAAAAAGUGUGGGACGUUUAAAAGAAAUGCGGAAAAACAAAGAGAGAAGCUAUGCGGAAAAUCAUCCUGUACCUCUUCUGUAUAAUAGCUACAUUAAACACAUGAAAAUGUAAGCAAAGUUUAAUUGUAUUAUCGUGUAAUUACUAAUUAUUGUCGUAAUAUAGGUUUCUUGGUGUAAAAAUUGAAAAUCUAACAUUUAAGAUCUAAUGAUAAAACAAUAUAUUCAUUGAAAAGUAUGAUAUAAGCACAUUAAAGUCACAGUGCGCGCAGUGGUCUCUGGCGCAAUGUUGAAAUGUAGGAAGUAAAAUGGGCUCACGGAGCGAGGUGCGAAGUCUUAACCGCAUACGUCUGUUCGAGCUUUUGACAUGUGUAAAAUUCGUGUAUUUUGAAUAUAAAUUAAAGAAAGCUGGCCUAAAUCACGAGAAAAGCCACACGAAUGAAUUCAUACAGUUUGCGAUAACGAAAGCAUAUGCAAGGAAAAUGAUAUGUGCGCACGGAAUGAUAAAUUAUAAUGCUAAUUUUAUGUUUCCUAAAAAGAAAAAAAAUGGUUUAAGCUGUAAUGUUCCGUGAAAUGUAUUUGGAAGUGUCAUUAAAAAGAGUAUUGCUUUCAUUUUUUUUAAA